UUACUGUAGUGAGCUAUCAUGAUUUGAGUUUUGGCAGAUUCGAAGCGCGCAAUGUUGAGAAUCGGCGGAAUUCUGAGGCCACUCUCAGCACUCACCCUGCGAUGUUUCUCUAGAACCUUCUCUUCUUCCUAUGUUUCGGAAAAGAGCAGUGUUGAUGCGCUAUACCCUAGCUUCUUUCAUCCCACAGCGGUUGUUCAUCCUGAUGCAGUAAUCGGACAGGGGGUUUCGAUUGGUCCUUUUUGUACAGUUGGGCCUUCUGCAAAGCUUGGGGAUGGUUGUCAGCUAUAUCCAGGAAGCCAUAUUUUUGGAGAUACAGAAUUGGGGAAGCAAUGCGUUUUGAUGACUGGUGCGGUGGUAGGUGAUGAUCUUCCAGGGCGUACAGUUAUUGGAUGCCACAACAUCAUAGGAUAUCAUGCUGUGGUUGGUGUCAAAUGCCAAGACAUGAAAUACAAGCCGGUUGAUGAAUGUUUCCUUGAUGUUGGUGACAAUAAUGAGAUCAGAGAACACACAUCUAUCCAUCGAUCUUCAAUGUCUAGUGAAAGAACAGUCAUUGGUGAUAACAAUCUUAUUAUGGGAUCUUGUCAUAUUGCCCAUGACUGCAAAUUGGGUAACAACAAUAUUUUUGCAAAUAAUACCCUUCUAGCAGGUCAUGUUGUGGUGGAAGAUUAUGCGCACACUGCAGGGGCUGUUGUUGUUCACCAAUUUUGCCGUAUUGGCUCAUUUUCUUUCAUAGGUGGUGGUUCUGUGCUUUCAAAAGAUGUCCCAAAAUACAUGAUGGUGUCUGGAGAAAGAGCUGAGCUCCGUGGUUUGAAUUUUGAGGGUCUUCGACGUCGUGGAUUCUCAGACACAGAGAUCAAGAGCCUGAGAACGGCAUACCGAAAAAUAUUCAUGUCCAUUGAUGCAAAAUCUGGGAGUUUUGAGGAACGUCUUGCUGAAGUGGAGCAGCAUGAAGAACUGGCUCAUGUUCCUAUUGUAUCUUCCAUGGUACAAUCUAUUCGUGAUUCUUUUACAGAAAAUGGUCGUGGAAUUUGCACGUUCAGGCAUUGGACUGGCUCUUGAAGAAAUGCUGGAACUGCCUAAAAACAACCGAAUUUUCAAGCUGGUCCUGAUGACUGUAUAGCAUGAACAUCUCUCUGAGCUAGCAUUUGGUUGGGCAUGUUACUGAAGUUAAUCCAUAGCAAUUCGGAUGAAGAAGAAUCCUUGUGAAAGCAAAAACUCCCUCUAAGGAGAGAAGUUAGAGAAGCUAAAAUUUAUGUAGAAAGAGAAAGGAACUACUCAUUUUGUGGUUAGGAAAAGAGAGUGAAUGGUGCAAAUUCUUUUUUGUGAAGUAUUGACUGCAUGAACUAAUUGGAUGCUUCCAAUUCAGAGCCCAUAAUGCAGUUAAAUUUUUGGUUCAUCUUACAUGGACAGUGUGAUGAGCAAUGACGAUGCUGGUGAUGAAGCAAAUAAGAAACUGUAUGACAUGAGAAUCUUUUAUGGUGCAAAAUAAUCAAAUUUGCAAUUCAUGACUGCAAUGAA